UUUUAUGGUUUAAUUUUCACUGGAAAACCCUAACGCAACAUUUUCUUCUAAUCCUGCUCUUUCUCAGUCACCGUCGAAGAAGGCGGCGUCGUCGUCACCGGCGAAUCUUCUGACGGCGGCAAGGUAUUCGUCAGAACGCGUGUUCUCCACAUCAAGGUUACACCACUCUCAUCACUGCGUUUGAGUUCCUGGAAUUGGGUUCUACUCAAACCCUAACUUUUUAUCAUCGAUGGGCAAGACAAGUACAAGGUCUGAUUCAAAGUCCGACCGCAAGCUUGAAAAGAAGCUAGAGUUUUAUUCCAAGGUGAAAGAUACUGUUGCUUCCUUGGGCGCCCAAAAGUCUAUUAGCAAGAAGAAGAGCAAACAGCAAAGGCGGCAGAAUAAAUUGAAGGCAUAUAACCUUUCCUCAAUCUUAGAGUCUCUUCCGGAGUUGAAGGCAUCACAGAAAUCAGAUCGUGAGGAUGACUUUAAACUAAAUUGCAAAUCUAGGAAGAAACUAUUAUUGAAGGAAGGACAACGGUUGUCUGCAGUUCUUAAGGAUAAUUUAUUCCAAGCGGAUCCAUUGGCUAUCCUCCAUCAACACUUGCAGAACACACAACCGAUAGAAGAGAAACAACCCAAGAAGAAAGUUAACAAAAAUGGAUCCAAGAAGAGGAAGAAAUCAAAGGCUUCAACUGGAUUACAGUCUAUGGAUAUGUGAGGUCUCUAAGUGGCUGCUGUAAUGAUCUCCUUUUUUCAAGGUGUUUCCAUAAUUUUGUUAGUUCUAGGAAUCAGAUUAUUCAAGAUAUGAAUGACAAUCUUAAGCAUGAUGUCCAUUGUAGUUGGUCACUUAUUUUUAUAUCAGUAUCCAGAGUGGCUAGAUGCUGAGCAUAUCUACUCUCAACACAGCAUCACGUGAAACCUAUGAUGAAUCAUUUUUAUGAACAUUUAUCUAAGAGGCUUUUCAUA